UUUCAUUUAAUGUUUAAAUUUGAACCAUGUGUGAUGUGAUUUCUGCAGCUAUGUCCACUCAGGAGCUCUUUGUUGCUGCAGCUCGUAAAUGUCUGUCUGCUGGUAGAAAAUCUCUUUCCGUCCCUCAGAGUCUGGAUCUGGCUGUUCAGGUCUUAGCUCUUGAUUUGGGAUUGAAACCGGCUUUAUUGUACGAUAGCAACGGUGCCGGUGCAGAUCAGGUGCAACAGUAUUUGAGCUCUUUGCAGUCUUCCCAGCUUGUGUCUAAGUCACUUCUCACACUGGAUUUAAAUGGAAACACUCUUAUUAUUAAUCCACGUACAGUCAGAUCAAAUGUAGAACAGCUGGUUCAUGAUAACAACAUGGCUUUUAUUGAUAUCUGCCACUCACUGGAGAAGCCAACCAUCACUGGCCUGCUCGGAGGAGAGCUGAAGAACAUGAUACACAAUUUACAGCUUCUCUUGAGAGGGGUUGAACAACUGAAGGAGGCUGAGAAACCUCAUUAUGUUGGAGAGAAGUCGGAGGAGUGGAACCUGUGUACAGCGUUUGGUAUUUUAUUGGGUUUCCCCGUCACUUACUGGUUCGAUCAGACCAAGAGUUUUGAAAACUGUCUGUCUUUGACUCCCCUGAUGGUGACUACAGCUACAGCAACAUGGCAGGCAGACACCGAAGGUCACAGAUGUUGUUUGUACUCCUUCAGCGUCCCGGCUGUUCUGCUUAAAGCGGUGGAGUCCAACCUGGAAAACUGGAAGCUUUGUUUACAAGAAAGAUUUCAACAGCAAAAUGUCCUAAAGGAUCUUACAGUUUGUCAAUCCACAGUCACUCUGCCCUCAGUCUGUUUGUAAUGCAAGCAUGACGUCUUUAAAUAAAUUGUUAAAGACGA